AUGCAUGUAGGGAAGAAGCUGGGAGGCGGCACGGUUUCUGCCUGGGCUCCAGGCUCCCCGUCCUGCCUGGUUUCUGCCUGGGCUCCAGGCUCCCCGUCCUGCCUGGUUUCUGCCUGGGCUCCAGGCUCCCCGCUCCCCGUCCUGCCCGGUUUCUGCCUGGGCUCCAGGCUCCCCGUCCUGCACGGUUUCUGCCUGGGCUCCAGGCUCCCCGUCCUGCCUGGUUUCUGCCUGGGCUCCAGGCUCCCCGUCCUGCACGGUUUCUGCCUGGUUUCUGCCUGGGCUCCAGGCUCGCCGUCCUGCAUGGCCUCCCACUCGCUGUGUGCUGCCAUGGCCCUGCAGGCGGCGGCCCAGUCUUCUGAUGCUCUGGUACGGUUUUGUCCCCCAGGUGUGAUCAUCGUGCCCAGCGCCGGCGUGGGCAUCGUGCUGGGCGGCUACAUCAUUAAGAAGCUGAAGCUGGGCGCUCGGGAGUCGGCCAAGCUGGCGAUGAUCUGCAGCGGCGUGUCGCUGCUCUGCUUCUCCACGCUCUUCAUCGUGGGCUGCGAAAGCAUCAACCUCGGAGGAAUCAACAUCCCCUACACCACCGGGCCGACGCUCACCAUGACUCAGAGGAACCUGACAGGAGGUUGCAACGUGAACUGUGGGUGUAAAAUUCACGAGUACGCGCCGGUCUGCGGCUCCGACGGGAUCACGUACUUUAACCCCUGCCUGGCCGGCUGUGGCAGCGUGGCCAACGACACAAACGGGAUCAGGAACUAUUCGGACUGCGCCUGCGUCCAGAGCCGCCAGGUCAUAACGCCGUCGUCCGGCGGUCAGGGCAGCAACCAGCUGCAGCUCGUCAUCGUCAAAACCUACCUGAACGAGAACGGCUACGCCGUUUCCGGGAAGUGCGACCGAACCUGCAACACCCUCAUCCCCUUCCUCAUCUUCCUCUUCAUCGUCACGCUCAUCACUGCCUGCGCCCAGCCCUCCGCCAUCAUCGUCACCCUCAGGUCUGUUGCAGAGCAGGAGCGGCCGUUCGCUUUGGGGAUGCAGUUUGUUCUCCUCAGGACUCUUGCCUACAUCCCGACGCCCAUCUACUUCGGCGCCGUCAUCGACACCACCUGCAUGCUGUGGCAGCAGGACUGCGGCGUUCACGGCUCCUGCUGGGAGUACGACGUCACCUCCCUGCGCUUCGUCUACUUCGGCCUGGCCGCCAGCCUCAAGUUCCUCGGCUUCCUCUUCAUCUUCCUCACCUGGUACUCCAUCAAGUACAAGGAGGAGCGGGUGGAGCGCUGGCUGAAGCGCCACCUGUCGCCUGUCGACACCGUGGGAAGCCUCGUGUGCCACCCGGGGGGCCACAAGGGCCACGCCCGCACCCGCUCCUGCCCCGUCAACAUCCCGCGCACCGACAUGGCCGCGCCGCACGCCGCCAACGCCCUCAACCGAGGCGUCAGCACGCAGAGUUGCCCCGGCAACGAGCUGAAAGCAAUAACUCCUCCCCCUGCAGGUCCAACCGCAGCCGCCCCGGCUGCUCCGACCCCGGCUGCUCCAGCCCCGGCUGCUCCGACCCCGGCUGCUCCGGCCCCGGCUGCUCCGGCCCCGGCUGCUCCGGCCCCGGCUGCUCCGACCCCGGCUGCUCCGGCUGCUUCGGCCCCGGUUCCGGCUCCGGCCCUCUCGCUGGAACACAUCUCAGUUCGGGUUUAAACCGCUGGAGGCCCAGAUUCAUUCACAUGUUUUAGUGAGCAGAAAGCUCUGAGCUUUUCUGACAAAAAAAAGAGAAAAAUCUGCUGGACAGCAGAUUUCUUUGUGAUGCGGAGAAAAGCUCAGUCGGCUGUUUGGGUGGACGGCGGUUCACAGCUGAUAAACCCCACACACUGCAAAAACACAAUCUUACCAAGCAUUUCUAGUCUAGUUUCUAGUGCAAAUAUCUUAUUACACUUAUA